AUGUUUAUAUUGGGCUAAAUACAAUUGGGUGGAAGAAAUUGCGUAUUUUCUGACGUACACGAUAACGAAUCAUUAAUUUGUACAGUGAUAUUGAUAUUACGAUUUUGGAUUGUUUUCACAAAAUUUUAUUUUAUUCAUCAUAACUAUCAUCAUAAAUCGAUGUCUUCAACAAUGUCAGGAAAGUUACGAGGAAAUAAUAUUAAGUGGGGAAAUUCAUCAGAAGAAAAUAAUACAUAUGAAUCAAAAUAUAAAAUGAGGUUGAGAGAAUCAUUAAGGAAUACGCAACAACCAGCUGUAACUGAAAGUGAGAUUCUUGUGGAACCACGAAAGCGAGGCCGUGGUCCUUCUAAAAGACCUUGCCUUAAUAGAAAUGCUUUAAUGGCUCGAGAAAAUCGACUUAGGAAAAAAGCUUAUUUAGAGAAGAUUGAAAAUAAACUAUCAUUUUAUCAGCAAGAGAACAAAAAUUUAGUAAAUAUUAUAAAAAAACAAAGUAUUGAUAUCAAACGAUUAAGUGGUGAAGUUGCUUAUUUAAAGAGUGUAUUAAACAAUAAUACCAGUAUUACUACAUUGCUAAGAACAAUCAAUGAUGGCCUUCAAAAAAUUAGUACACAAAAAAAGAAUUCAUUGAAUUCAAAUCAUGUUUCUGAAUAUUCAAAUGAAUUAAAUACGCAACACAAAUGUACAUGUUAUACAAAUGUGAAGGAGAAUAUAUUAAAUAAUCAAAAUACCAAUAUAUUUAUUACAAAUGUCAAUAAUGAUUCAUUGACAGAACAUAAUACGACUGAAGAUUCUAAUAGUGAAUCUUAUAUUAAUUCUCAGAAGAGAUUUGCUUGUAAGAAUUCAAGCAUGGAUAAAAUUUCUUCAUCUUUCUUAGAUUCAGAUCAUACUUAUAUUGUUUCCAAAAAUAUUGAAGUUGACAAUAAGAGCAAUCUUCAAAAUAAAAAUGUAACAGACACAAUAACAUCAACUACUAAUAUAACAUCUGAUGAUAAUUAUAUGGAUAAUACAAAAGAUUUGGAUAAUUUAUUACCAAUUAAUCAAACAGAUUUAUCCAGUGUAGAUGAAAAGAAAGAUAUUGAUACCAUUGGUAUCGAUUUUGAUCAAUUAUCUUCUUUUAAUAUGGAUAUAUUUGAAGAUCUUCCCAAAUGUGAUGAAAUGAUGAAUACAGUAGAUAAUUUAAAUGAUGCAUCUAAUCUUUUCACUGCAGAAGAAAUAUCUCAAACUUUAGAUAAUACAGGAAUCUGUCUUCAUGUUAAUUCAGACAAAGUAUCUUUAGAAUUUUGUUCCAUUUGUCACUUAAAUAGUAAGAAUUCGGGAUCAAAUUGAAGGGGGAAUUGAUCAUAAUUAUUAUAAGUUCACUCAAUGAUGAGUUACAAAAGAGGUUUACCAAAGAUUUUGGAAAUAUUUCUCGAUCAGUGGAAUACAAAAAAAUUAAUGAAAUAGUAGAUAUAUUAAUAUUUUCAGGUAUAUCAAGAAGAUGUAUGUCAGCAUCAUAUUGCCUAUCUCUUGCUGAAUCGUCGUAGAAAUAUUUCUCACAUGGAGCGAAAGUUGCGUUAUUAGUAUUUAUACUAUUUAUGUAUAUAACAUGCGCAUAUGUAUAUAUAUACAUAUAUAUAAUAUGCAUAUAUAUGUGUAUAUAUGUACAUAUAAGUUAUGUUCCAUAUAUGCAUAUAAUCAUAAUAAUAUAUAUGUAUAUGCAUAUAUAUCUUUUUAUUUUAUAAAUAAUAAAUUUUUUUAUGUAAUUUUAAAUUAUCAUUAAUAAUAUGUAAUAGUACAAAAUACUUUUGUCAAAGGUUACUUCAUUGCUGCUUUUCAAUAAUGAUAUUUAAUAACAUAAAAAUUGUUUUUGAAAGAAAUAUUUAUUAUGUCUGAUUUUAAUAGCUAUAAAAUGAAGCUCUUGCCUACUAUAUAUAAUAUUAAAUCGUAACACUUCUGUUCCUCUGAAAAUAUAAUUAUUUAUUUUUUACAGGAUAGUGUACCACUUGGCAUUGAUUUACUAGCAACAAUCGUGCAAAAAGUUGAGCUUUGGCACAUAUCUGACACAUUCUAUUUAUCAUUUGAUGUUACAUAGUAUUUUGGAGCAAUUAUAAGUAAAACUUGUUGGAAAAGUAUGGAAUCAUGAUCGCCCCCUUCUCUUAACAUAAAAUAUAUAAUUAAUGAACAGCUGCAUCCCAAGGAUUUUCAACCAAUAUGGAACAUUCCAUCCACUGAUCGAGUUUUAUGGUAAUUGAAAUUGAAAUUAAAGAAUUAAAUAAUUAAAUAAUAUAAAAUAUUUUCAUAAAUUAUAUAAUAUAAAUUAGAAGUUUACAAGAUUGAAAAUCUUAUUCCUUCUGAUUUUUCAUAAUUUUUCAUUAUGAAAAAUUAUAUUGUAUAAAUUAUAACAAAAUUAUGCGAUAUGACAAAAUAUUUUAAUAUUAAGUCUCUUAGGAUAAGUAAAAAAACAUAUUUUUUUGUUUCUGGAGGAAAAGAAGUGUAUCGAUUCUAUUAUUGUUAUAAUAUAUGUAUUCUUGUUUUAAUACAUAUGAUAUUUUUAUAUAUUUUUAUUAU